AUGACAGCGAUGAGCCGAAACACGCGUGAUCAGGUGAACAGCCUGCAGCACUUUCAGCAGCACUCACGACUUUAUUUCAUUGGGCAGUGGAGGACGAAGAUGGAGGAUGUGUUUCGUGAGUGGUUCAUCGCGCACCCAGAGUGGAACCAUGGUACACUGGAGCAGCAGCGCACCUUUGUCCAUGUCGACAUGGACGCCUUCUUCUGCUCCGUGCAACUGGCGAAGCCCGAGUACGCCCAUCUGAAGACAAAGCCGGUGGGUAUUGCAGCGGGCAAGUACAAUAGUGACAUCUCCUCCUGCAACUACGUGGCGCGCUCGUACGGCAUUCACGCCGGGAUGUACGUGAACUCCGCGAAAGAGCGGUGUCCAGAGCUGGUGACCCUCGGCUACGACCUCGAGGCAUGCGAGCGCGUCGCCAAGACUCUCUACCAAAUCAUCUUUGAUUUGUUCCCGACAAGCGUGAAAAUGUCAAUGGAGGUGUACAGCAUCGAUGAAGUGAUGCUGGCCACUGACACUACCGACUACGCUUUGCUGCAGUCCUUCUGCGAAACCGUUCGCAGGGAGCUGUUCAGCGCAACAGGGUGCACCGCUUCAUGCGGGAUCGGACCCAACAUUAUGCUGGCGCGCGUCGCCACAGACCGUGGCAAGCCGAAUGGGAUCUGCGUUGUCCACGCCAAGGACGUGGUACAGACUAUGACCUCGCUUCCGCUGGAGCACAUCCACGGUGCGGGCGAGAGCACGAUGGAGAAAAUCUGCCGCGCGUUGCGUGAGCAGGGCAUCAUAGACGAGAGGACCGACGCGGACGGCGUCACGUGCGGAUCUGUGCAAAAACUGAAGCGUGAGGCUUUGCAGAGGAUCCUUGGCAAGAGGCAGGGUGAGACAUUUUACCAUCUCGUCCGGGGCGAGGACGGCCGCGUCGUCACGCGCACGGGCGAUCCGGAGAACCAGCGGCACCUCGGUAAGCGGAUCCCCAACGCUGUUGGUUGUUCCAUGAACUACGCGGUGCGUCCUGAGGGGGUCGACGGGGUAUGGAAGAUUGUGCGUCAACUGCUGGACGAUGUGUGUACCAAGCUGCGGCGCACCGAUACAGUUGCCCAGGGGCUUCGUGUCACCCUUCUGGAACGGCAUCCGCUGCAUCCGAAGGAGACGCAAAAGUACAUGGGCCGCGGCAAGUGCGUGGAGGUGCAUCUGCCAAUCAAGCUUCCGCACGCGAUGGCGGCUGACGACGUAGAGGCGAUGGAGCUGGAGAUCCGGAAGGUGGUCUCCCCGUUGCUGGUUGCAUCGCGGGCUAUGUCCGAUGCCGAGCGGGCAGCGCAGCUGGGCCUCUCGUCAAGCAAAGUGGACCUUGUGGUUUGGACCGUCACUACCGCGUCUCUGCGUGAUAUCGUCAUCGAGGAUUUGCGCGGCAUGACGGUACAGGCGACGGGUCUUCGGCAGAAGCAGCAGGCGCCUUUCACACGUCAGCGCCACAGUGGGCAGCAGAUGACCCUCGCAACGGGCUUCUUCAACGCGAAGCGACCGCGUACGCCGGAUGUAGUGACAGUUGUAGAGCCCACACCCGCGCAGCCUCCAUGUGGCACUGUGUGUCGGCCGCCUGCUGACAGUAGUCUAGACGCCGCGACACUCUACCUGUUGUACGCACAGCCGUGGUCACAUCGUGAUGACGCUACCGCGGCGCAGUGGCGUCGUGGCUGCGAGAGUGCCUGCCGUCAGCUCGACUACCCUGUUGUAAAGGCGUAUCUUCGUUGUGCCCUGGCGAAGCUAUCCGAGUGGCCCAAGCUGCAGGAGGCCGCAGAGACAUUCCAGGAGCUGGUGUCCUUCGCGAACACCCGUCUUCCGGCGCCCCUGGACUUCUUGUGA